GCAAAUUUUUUGGCGGCAUUUGUUAUUUGACAAUUACAAUAGAUAUGAUGAAUAUCUUAAUUGCUUGAAUUGUUUAAUAUUUUUUAUUUAAUUUGAAAUUAUGUCAUAUUGUCGUCGAGCUACUACUACGUAACAAUAUUAAAGUUAAAUUUUAACUAACAAAUAUGGAUUUUAAACGUACCAUCAGAAGAAGUGUUAUUCAACCACUGUAUGGAGAUUUGGAAGAUUUGUAUCCUCACAAUUUGCAGUUAUACACUACUCCACCGAACUUUGAAAUUUCAUUAAGGGAGUUAGAAGAAUGCACAUCUCAAAGAUUAGCUAUACUUCAGACUAUGGAAGAAGUUUUAAACCGUGGGCUUAAAGGAGAUGAUUGGCGUCAAACAGUUUUCAGUGAGCUUAGGAAACAAGAUUUAAGGAACUUCAGGAAACUAAUAACGAGUACAUCCUUUAGUAAUGAUGAAGAGUUAUAUGCUGCAAGGAAACAAGAUCAUAUAUCGCACUUUAUGUUGAGAUUGGCAUAUUGUGAUUCAGAAGACAAGAGAAGAUGGUUUAUUGCACGAGAGUUGGAAUUGUUCAAGUUCAAAUGGCAUUAUCUUAACCAAUCAGAAAGACAACAAUUUCUGAAAAUUAAUAAUUUUAAUUAUGAUGUGGUACAAGAAACAGAAAAACUAGAACUGUCCAGGAAUUCUUUAGGAAUGGUUCAAACUAGUACAGAAUACUAUAAAGUGCCGUUUGUUACGGUGUCUGAUUUGGUAAGAGCAAGAAAAGUGUAUUUAUCAAAAGGAAUGGCAUUUAUUGUAAGUGAAGAUAUGUCUUCUGUGAUUGCAUCUGUCUAUAGAUCUUCACUUUCUAAAAGUUUAGCAUUCGCAGCUAGGAGAAUUGAUGACAUAGCUGAAGAUACCCGUAUUUUUUCAUUAGUAAAAGGAGCUGCAAAACGGGAAAGAGAUGUAGAUUACACUCCAGCUAAUAAUGGAAAAGUUGAUAUUAACAACUUGGAUACAUUAGCAAAAAUAUCAUUUCCACUAUGCAUGCAACAACUUCAUCAAAGGUUGCGUAAAGAACAUCAUUUAAAACAUUUUGCCAGAUUGCAGUACAUAUUAUUUAUAAAAGGUAUUGGUGUUACUUUAGAAGAUGCUUUACGAUUCUGGAAAUCUGAAUUCACCAAAAAAAUGGAUCCUGAAAAGUUUGAUAAAAGCCAUGCCUAUAAUGUGCGGCAUAGUUAUGGAAAAGUUGGUAAAAUGGCUAAUUAUUCUCCACAAAGCUGUUUAAAAAUCAUCAAUAGUAAUGUUGGUCCCAGUGAAGCUCAUGGUUGUCCAUUCAAGCAUCAAGAUCAGAGUACUUUAAAAAAAAAUCUCCUUCAGAAUGGACUUUCUUCCAUAGAUUCGCAGGAAGUAUUGGACUUUGUUCGAAGGGGGCAUUAUCAAAUAGCUUGUGGGAUAUACUUUCAGAAAAUGCAUGGGGUAGAUAAAGUCAUCAUAAAUCACCCUAACCAUUAUUUUGAUGAAAGCCAGAUGGUCUUAAAUAAUAAAACAAUAAAGAGUGAAAUCAAAGAGGAAAAUGCCACUCAUCCAAAGAAAAGUGCUGUUAAAAAUGAUGAACAAGAUGUUUGGGGAAAUGAUUCAGGAUUCGAUUUUAACUCAUUUACUGAGAUAAAUUAAGAGUGACAGAAACAUUUGAUGAAUGUUCGAACUUCUUUAAAUUAUUUUGAUCACAAGUAUAUGAUGUGACUGCAUAUAGUUUUUAAUAAAUACAAUUUUAUUUUCAUUGUUAAUA